AUGGGUGAUAUCAUGACCAACAUUGACGAUAUCGUCACGUACAUUUCCACAGCAUACAAGCUCCCGAGCUCGAUCCACUCCCCCGCCCACUCACUGACCACCAAUACAUCGUCCAUGUCGACGCGUAUACCGAGCCACUGCCGCGCGACGGUCAACGAGUCCAACAACGUGCGGCUUUUCUUCAUCACGGCACCCAAGACGCGCGACCACCUACCCAAGAUUCCACCCAAGUACAAGGACGGCGACAUUGUGAUUGUGGACCCGGCCGAUAUCUACACCGACCAUGUCCAGUUUAUCAAGCAGUCUGGGUAUCAUGUGUACGCGCGGAUAUCGGCGGGUGCGGCAAAGCACUACGUGAUCCACGAGAGCCCGUCGUUGCUGGGUAGUAUAUACGGCGACAACGUCAAUAUGCAGUGGAUCCGGCUUGCGACGCACCGCAAGCUGGAGGCGCACUUUGCCGCCAUGUAUGCACGCGUCAAGACCAUGGGGUUUGACGGCGUGUACAUGACGGAUGUGGAUAUGGUGAGCAAAGUACCGGAGAACACGGACAUGGAAGCCGAGCUGGUGCAGUACAUCAAGAUGCAUUACAAGAAGGCGUACAAGCACGAGCUGCCGCUGAUACUGGACGUGUCGCCGUCACUGGUGCGACUGAACGGUGUGCUGGACCAUAUUUUCGCGUACUUUUGCGGGUUCCACUUUGACCACGGCACGUGCACGGAGACCGUGAGCUGCCGGAUGUUUGCGAGUCUCCAGAGCCUGCUGAACAAGAUUGUGGAACGGGGGUGCGAUAUCUGGCACGCCAACGAAACGGCGACAUGUUGA